CUUUGAUAUCGUUUAUAAUUGAUACAAUUCUAUUUGUCUUUUGUUUAGGUGCAAGGGGCAUGAGUUUAUGAACGAACGAUUGAGAGAUAUGAUAUUUAGUUUGUCGAACUUUUUAUCGCCACCCCCAGUGUGUCGCUCGUUAGUUACGAUCUGGAAAUUUUAGUGGAUACACAGGCAAAAACGAGUCUAGAUCUAUCGCGAUCUUUUUUUACUACAGUCAUAUCCUCCGUCUUUCGCUCUCAGCAGGUGCUAAAUCAGCAAAAGAAAAAAAGAAAAUAGAAAAGGAAAAAGAAGAAGAGCAGGAAAGAAAGAAAAGACUCACCCCUCACAUCACACGAUGUUCAACACCAGCAACCCAGAGGCAGCCUUGCCCCCCGCCGCCUCGGAUGAGACUCCCAACCGCAAAACGAGCGCAGAAAUCGACAUCAAAGACCAUGCGCUGCCGACAACGCGGUUCUCACUCUUGGACACUUACCUCGCGAAGCUCGAUUCCCGCGGCGCGGUCGAGAUGCGAGGAUGUAUGCCUGUGCCGAUUGAAGAGCGCACUGUAACGCAGUACAUCAACAUUUUCUCGCUGUGGUUUUGCAUGAGUUGUAAUCCUCUUCCGAUUACGUUUGGUAUGGUCGGAACGCUGAGUUUCGGACUCGGGUUGAGGGAUGCUUCGUUGAUUAUUCUAUUUUUCACGCUCAUUUCUACGGUGCCCGUGGCGUAUAUGUGCGCUUGGGGACCGAAGACGGGGAUGAGGCAGUUGGUUCAGGCGCGGUUUUCUUUCGGAAAAUACUUCGUCUCGGUUUUGAUAUUGCUGAACCUGGCGACCCUCACUGGAUUCUGUGUUGUCGAUUCAGUGAUUGGCGGCAGUGCGCUGUCGGCAGUCGUGGAUGGCCGGACGAUCAAUGCGACUGCAGGUAUCAUCAUCAUUGCUAUUCUCGCUCUCAUGAUCUGUUUCUGCGGGUUCAGGAUCCUGCACAUGUAUGAACGAUUCGCUUGGAUCCCUGCCGUGAUUGCCAUCACGAUAGCUGCUGGAUGCGGAGGUAGUAAGUUGAGGGAUCAGGUUGUGCAACCAGCGGCUACACCUCAGCAAGUGCUCUCGUUUGGAGGACUUGUGGCCAGCUUUAUGCUUCCGUGGGCGGCACUGUCAAGUGAUUUCUCUACUUACAUGUCUCCGAAGGCGCCUUCAUUCCGAAUUGCCCUAUACACCUACGUUGGUUUGGCCCUUCCUACAGUUCUGCUCAUGGUGUUGGGCGCAGCAAUGGGUGGUGCUACUCCCAAUGUCCCUUCGUGGCUCCAAGGCUACGAGCAGAAUUACGCAAGCGGUGUCCUUGGAGCAAUGCUCCAUCCCGCAGGAGGCUUUGGCAGAUUCGUCACAGUGGUACUUGCCUUCAGCAUGCUCGGAAAUCUGUCAGCAACCAUGUACAGCAUCACUCUGAACUUCCAGAUGCUGAUGCCUUUCUUUUUCCGAAUCCCACGCAUCGUCUUCUCCAUUCUCAUCACGGCAAUUGUCAUCCCAGUCGCCAUCGAAGCUGCUAAAUCAUUCUUCAUCAACCUGGAGAAUUUCCUCGGUCUGAUUGGAUAUUGGUCGGCCGCCUUCAUUGGCAUAAUUCUUGUCGAGCAUCUGAUCAUUCGUCGUUCAAAUUUCAAUGCGUACACCGAGGACGAGACUGCCUGGAACGAUCCCAAGAAGCUGCCUCCAGGUAUUGCGGCCAUCAGCGCCGCUGUGCUGUGCUUUGGAUUGGUGAUCCCCGGCAUGUCACAGAUCUGGUUUGUGGGCCCGAUUGCUGAGAAAACGGGAGACAUUGGGUUCGAAGUUGCAUUUGUCCUUUCAGCGCUGUUAUAUCUGCCAAUGCGAUUGUUGGAGCGGAAGUGGUGCCGAAGAUGAGAAGAUAGAUACGGGUAGAUGCUAGAUACGAGUACAGAUGGGUACAUCGAGUCGCUUACGCUAACCACUUUCACGUUUAAUUUUCAAUGCAGUGUCUUGUGCUGGAGCAUUAAAAAUC